AUGCGAGAAAUUGACCUUCCGGCGAAAGAUAUUUUGGAUUCGCUCGAGUUCCGGUGUGAGGUAGCUGAAGCACUAUGUCUGUCAGGCAAGAAUACUGAUUCUAAAAAAAGAGGUAGACCAAGCUCAGCUUCUUUAGAAAACGAGUAUGCAACUAAAAAGAAGAAGGGGCCCACAAAACCCAUACCACAAUUUGAUGUUAGAACUGAUCAAGUUUCUCAUUUUCCGGUGCACAAGGAAACAAGACAGCGAUACAAAAUACGAAAAUACGACACAAUGGAGAUUGGCGAAACAAGAGUUUUAAUCAAAAAAAGAAGAAGUAAUGAGGAUCCUGUAGUAGUAAUGAUUCCGAUUGAAGAAUGCUUUGACAGACUUCUUCAAUGUCACCGUGCCACUGGACAUGGAGGAAGAAAUAAAAUGCUGUUUGAAUUAAAAAAUAAAUUUUACAUUCCCAGACCAGCAGUUGAAAUGUUUGUAUCGCUUUGUAAAAUGUGUAAUACGAAGAAAUCUCAACAACAACGUAAUAUUGUGGUAAGACCAAUCAUAACAAAAGAUUUUAACCUUCGCAGUCAAGUUGAUUUGAUUGACUUUCAAUCAACUCCAUGUCGAGGAUAUAAAUGGUUAAUGAAUUAUCAAGAUCAUGCUACUAAAUUUUGUCUUCUGCGACCUUUAACAACAAAGCGUGCUGCUGAAGUUGCAAUGGAAUUGCUGAAGAUAUUUUUGGAUUUCGACGCACCGCACAUUCUACAAAGCGACAACGGACAUGAAUUUACAGCUGAUGUGGUUAAAGAACUUUCUGGUAUGUGGGCUGAUUGUAAACUAGUACAUGGAAGACCUCGACAUCCGCAAUCACAGGGAAGCGUAGAGCGCUGCAACCAGGAUGUUGAAAAUAUGUUACGUUCGUGGAUGGAUGACAAUAAGAGUACAGAUUGGGUGAUAGGAUGCCGCUUCGUUCAGUGGCAAAAAAACUCGUCAAAGCACAGGAUCAUAGGGCGCAGUCCAUAUACAGCCCUUUUUGGAACGGAACCAAAGAUAGGACUAAUAUAUAGAUAG